AUGGCCCCAGCUCUCACCGAACCAAACCUCAAUGGCUCCUCAACCAAGGACCUUCCGAAUUUCGAAAUCCUGCCGGAUUUAUACGGCUGGCCAAGGGAGAACGCAAAUGGAUACAGAAUCAAAGAGCAACUUUGCGGCGCAGAGCGCCCGCUACGGGUCAUCUCCCUUGGCGCUGGCGUGUCUGGUCUCAAUCUAGCCAAAAUCCUUCCGGAGAAAGUGAAAAAUGUCAGUCUUGCCAUUUACGAGAAGAACCCGGAGGUCGGAGGAACGUGGUUUGAGAACAGAUAUCCUGGUGUAGCUUGUGACAUUCCGUCCCACAAUUAUCAGUUUACAUGGGCGAAGAAUCCUCACUGGAAACGCUUUUACUCCUACGGAGAUGAAAUUCUGCAGUAUUUUAAAGACGUUGCGGAUCGAUUUGACCUUCGGAAAUAUUUCGUCUUCAACCACCAAGUCACCCGAGCUGAAUGGAAUGACGACAUGGGCUUAUGGGAAGUGGAAGUUCUCAACUUGACCAAUGGAGCAACUUUUAUUGAUCGCGGCGAGAUAUUUAUCAAUAAUGGGGGCCUUCUGAACAACUGGAGAUGGCCCGAAAUCGAAGGCCUCGAAGACUUUGAAGGCAUUAAAUGCCAUACUGCCAGUUGGGAUGACUCGAUUGACUACAAAGGCAAACGCGUGGCAGUAGUUGGAACCGGCAGUAGCGGUGUCCAGGUGAUCCCCUGCAUCGCUCCAGAUGUCGCCCAGCUGUAUACUUGGAUUAGAUCCCCAACCUGGAUUACGGCAGGAUUUGCGCAAAAGUAUGCUGGUCCCGGGGGUACUAACUUUGAAUACUCAGAAGAGCAGAAAAGUCACUGGGAAGAGAACCCGCUUGAGUAUCAGGACUACUGCAAAGGAAUUGAGAAUGAACUCAACCAGCGUUACAAAUUUAUUCUGAACGGCACACCGGCAGCUGAAGAAGCGAAGAAAUUCUCGGUUCAGCAAAUGAAGGACAAGCUCGGAAAGAACGUCGAUGUUGCCGCGAAAGUUAUACCCACUGAAUUCGGAGUGGGAUGUCGUCGACCAACUCCAGGAAACGGAUUUUUGGAGUCUCUGAGUCUGCCUAAUGUCCGUACAUUCACCAACGUCCCGCAAAGGAUUACACGCAAUGGAUUUAUUGAUGAUGAAGGCAACGAUCACGAGAUAGACAUACUGAUCUGCGCUACUGGUUUUGAUACCUCGUGGGUGCCUCGCUUCCCUGUCAUCGCGCAGGGCAAGAAUGUCCAAAGCAUGCAUCGCGAGAAAUUACUCUCGUAUCUGUCCGUGGCAGUUCCAGACAUCCCCAACUACUUCACCAUCUGUGGCCCUUAUGGGCCCUUUGGUCACGGCUCCUAUAUUGCCAUGUCUGAGCUCCUGGUUCGAAACAUCACUGUGGUUGCUAGCAAGAUGCAAAAGCAAAACAUUAAAUCUCUGACGCCCCGACGUGACGUCUGCGAGAAGUUUGCCGAACAUGCUGACCUUUAUGUUCAACGCACUGCCUGGUCCGGGCCUUGCUCAAGCUGGUUCAAGAAUGGUCAAAAAGAUGGCCGUCUGACCAUGUGGCCUGGGUCUCGCCUGGUCUACUUUGAGGUUAUGAACGAGCCGAGAUUUGAAGACUAUGAGAUUGAGUAUUGGAGUGGUAAUCCAUUUGGCUUUUUAGGCAAUGGGUUUGCGACAAUUGAGUUCAAUGGGGGGGAUUUGUCUCAUUAUCUGGGAACGAGGGAAAAUCCUGGAAGUCUUCUUCCUCAGCUGAAGAAGAGUGAGCAAACCUGA